GUUUAGUUCAAUCCUAAACUGGUUGGGAGUUCAACAGUGAGCUGUGUAAAAACUCUCUCUUUCUGCCCUUCAACUUCAACCUGUAUUUGAUCUGUAAGCAAGCUAUAGGAUUUCAUUCCAUGACUCUAACGGGGGAAUUGGGCUAACCAAACAAUAUCUUCCUUCAUUUUGAAAUUGCGCAGUAAAGUUUGGCGCAAGAUACCAGACCAACAGAUGGAGAGCGGCAAAACCGGAUAAUCUGUCCAUCGUUGAGGCUUUAUUCAUCUGGAAGGUGAUGUGAUUGAGCUGACCAUGCAGCUUUUAUUCUGUAGGCUUCGUACUCAUCAGUGGUGCUUCCUUCUCUUCAAUGUGGCUCUGUUCCAUGCCUUGCUCUUUGGGGCUGACAUUGUGGAAGAGUACCUGCUACAGUCCUCUCCAAACACCUAUACAGAUGUCCAAACUCUGGACAUCCGGGAGAGAGCGAGGAAACUGGACAUGGGCCAGGUCAAGGGAAAUGCCUCCAGGUAUUUUCGCAUCAGCAACACAGAUGCUUGCAGUCACAGCAACCUCUUUCUCCUGGCUGUUGUUUCCAGCAACGCAGGAAACAUGACACGGCGGGAGGUCAUCAGGAAGACUUGGGCUAAUGUGAGUCAAGUGCAAGGUUAUGGUUUGUUAACGUUGUUUGCAAUUGGGAUCCCUCAAACGCAGGCAACCCAAGAGGAGGUCAACAAAGAGUAUGCAAACCACAGGGACAUCAUCCAAGGCACUUUCCCAGACUCGGCCAACAACGCUGUCCUUAAAACCAUUAUGAUCAUGCGUUGGGCAGUGACAUUUUGCCCUAAAGCUCUGUUCAUUCUGAAAUCUGAUGAAGAGACUUUCGUCAAUUACAGAAGCUUGGUGGAAUACCUGCUCAGUUUGAAGAGACAUGCGGAGGAUCUCUACAUUGGGAGAGUCAACCACCAGGUAAUGCCCAUUCGAGACCCUCUGAGCAAACAUCAUGUGCCCAUCAGCCUGUAUUCGGGCAAGUAUUACCCCGACUACUGCAGCUCGACGGCCUACGUCAUCUCGCAGGAUGUUGCCCGUAAGGUUUUUGUCGCUUCUGUGGCGAUGAAGACCUCGAUGCCUGAAGACAUUUAUGUCGGAAUUUGCGCCAGGAAAGCUGGCGUGGUGCCCAUCCACAGUUCCAGGUUUUCUGGGGAGAAGCACAUUCGCUUCAAUCGCUGCUGCUACAAGUUCAUCUUUAGCUCUUUCGGGAUGAAAAGCGAGGAGCUGGAUGAGGCCUGGGAGGAGAUUAAUGACAGUAGGCCAUGUACUAUGUUAGAAAUGUAUUAUGGACUCAUCAAGUGCAAGGCAUUAACCUAUCUGGACAAGCUCACGUCACAUGACAGCAUGGAGUCAGAGGAGUCGGUCCCUCCAAAACACUAACUAUUACGUGAUCAGCAGGGGCGGCAUGGUGGCUCAGUGGUUAGCACUGCUACCUCACAGCGCUGGGGGGGUCCAAUUCGUGCCUUGGGCAACUGUCUGUCUGACGUUUGCACAUUCUCCCAGUGUCUGUGUGGGUUUCCUCCGGGUGCUCCGGUUUCCUCCCACAAUCCGAAGGUGUGCAGGUUAGGUGAAUUGGCCAUGUAAAAUUGCCCGUAGUGUUAGGUAGGGGAAUUAGGGGUAAAUGUAGGGGAAUGGGUCUGGGUGGGUUGCUCUUCGGAGGGUCGUUGUGGACUUGUUGGGCCGAUGGGCCUGUGCCCACACUGUAGGAAAUGUAAUGUAAAAGAGUAAACCCCAUAAGCGUAAUUUGAGAUACAGCACUCAUCUCAGUUGAAUGGUCAUGGGUUCAAGUCCUACUCUACAGAAACAUUUUAUUACCCAGCACCUAUGGGACCAGGAAAGUGUCAGCUGAUCAAAUAUUCUGCAAAUCAAGAGCUGUACAUAACCACAGUAAAUCCUGUCCAAGUGAAGCUUCAGAACAUUAAUAUCCCUCAAAGAAUCAUUGUAAAAACAUCAACAAUUCUCCUAAAAUCAAUGUAAAAACACACAGGAAUAGAAAUGUAAUGCAGGGGUUAUACACAUCAUUGUUAUACUUUAUUUACAGCAUAAAUACUCAGAUACUAUGGUAGAUCACAGUACUUGAGGUAAAUAAUUUUUGCUGAUUUAUCGAGAGCGCUGGUUGAUAAGGUGACGGUUAAAACCAAGUUUGCUAUCUAACUGAGGCUGAAGCUGUCGGUGCAGUACUGAGGGAGUGCUCUGCUGUCAGAGGUGCUGCCUUUCAAGUCAGCUGUUAAAUGCUGACCUGUCCACCCUCUCAGGUAGGCCGCAAAAGAUUCCCCCACACUAUUACAAAGAGCGGGGAGGUUCCACAAGUCACAUUGGAAUCUGCUCAUUAUCACAUUGCUGUUUGUGGGAGCUUGCUGUGUGCAAAUUGGUUUCCACAGGUAGGAUCCUCCCAUUUGAACCAUCAGGUCUGCAUGGACCCUCUAAAGAGCACCCCAGCCAGACCCCAACCAUGGAUAACCCACAGACCCCUGAACACUAUGGACAAUCCACAUAACUUGCACAGGUCUGGACUGUGGGAGGUAACCAGAACACCCCAGAGGAAACCCGCACAGACAUAUGGAGCAUGUGCAAAUUCCACACAGGCUGAAAUCGUACCUAGGCCCCUGGCACUGUGAGGUAGCAAUGCUAAUCACUGAGCCACCAUGCUGUGCUGGCAAGACUUCCAAAGAUUUUAUGAUUGGCUCUAAGAUUAUUUAGAUUGUUCCUUGGUCAUGAAAGGUACUAUGUAAUACAUGCUUUUUUUUUCUCUCUCUCUCAUUGUCUCUCUGCCUCCAUUUGUAAAUUCGCCUGUCUAUUUUGAAAAUAUAAUCUCACUUGAAAAUUAGGUUUCUUUGUGAAACCUUUCUGUCUGUCCCUGUUUAUCUGCAGGUUUUACUUUCCAUGAGUAAAGAAUACGAUGUGAGAUCCACCAACCUCACAGGCCUCAGUUGGUGCAACUCUAGAGACAAGCACUAAGAUAUGUACAACAGUGGCCCCGGAAUGGGUCUCUUGCCUCUAAUGGGGGAGAAUCUGACCUCAGAUCAUUUGCCUCACUCUGUAGAGCAGCUAACCUGAGCAGGUCAAUGGAAUGAGCAUCUCACAUUAAUCAAUGAUUAUCAAAGCUGACGUUGCAGUAAUGGUCCCAGCAAAACUCCUCCUGGUAAGCAGACAUAAUCUCUAUCAAGAUUACUUUCUUUCUAGUUUCCUGUUGAGACAUUGAACUGAGGCACUGUAUGCUCUCUCUCUCUCUCUCUUUCUCUCUCAUGGAUGUAAAAUAACCCAAGGCAGGAUUUUUGGAGAAAACAGGGGACUUCACCCUAGUUUCCUGACAAUUAUCUGUCUUUCAAUCAACAUCAGGCAAUGAGAUUUUUCACUUUCAGUUAGAUUUCUGUUUGUUGCUGAGUGCAAAUUGCCUACUGUGCUUCCUGUAUUACAACCAUGAAUUCAUUGAAAAAGUGCUCCACUAAACUGUAAUACACCUUGUGAUGUCCAGUCUUUUGAAAGAUCCUUUUGAAAUGCAGAUUUUUCUUUGUUUGUUGUUUUCCCAAUGGAUGUUGCAUUGCUGAAACCAUCAGGAAUUUCCAGCAAAUGCACAAUGUCCAUAUGGUUUUGGUUUAAUCUUCUGAAAAUUGAAAACAAUCUCAAUCAAAUAUACAAUUAUGAUACUUUUGUUGUUGUAUUGCAGAACUCCCAUUCUAGGAUAGGUUAUCAUUAAUCUUCAAACAAAAUGUAAUAUUUGAGGCUCUAUCAUUGAAUAUAUUAUGUUUGCAGUUAUGUUGGAAACUAUUUUAAUUCUUAAUUUAAGGGCUGUCCAUUGACUGUGUUUAAAGAGUGCAGAGAAUAAUAUUUUGCUAAGGAAUCAUUUGUAAAUAUUAAGUUUGACAAAAGUGUCCAAAUAGCGCACAUGAGGUGUCCAAACAAAGCUUUGAACGUGCAAGUCCUUAGCUGAAACAACAGGUGUUCCAACUCAACAAGGGUGAAAACGUUAACUCAGUUUCCCUUGUCUGAUCACUGCCCUGACCUUGCUGGAACUAUAUUUGUUUGCAUGCUUAUUUCCUUGCACAAGGACAGUUUCACAAAGUCAGUUUCACCUCCUGCAAGAUGAAAGCAGCAUGUUGAUCCCAUCAUUAAGUGCAAAUAAUGAUCACUUCAGUAGAUAACCUAUACUUGAAAAGUCACACAUCACUAACAUCUGGAGAGAUGGUUAGAGGAGAAAACAAAGAGGAAAAAUGAUCAAUUUUCAAUAUUUUUAAAUAAUGAAGUGAAAACAAAUAAACACUUUUCAUUCUUGUCAAAGCAGUGAUAUAGUAUUUUGAGCUGUCAAAGAAUUGUUCAGAAGAUUUGUAGCCCUCAUAACAGCCUUUGUUUUAUCCUUAUAAUGGUUUAGAAUUACAACAUUUUAAACUUGAUGUUUGUUUGGCAAAUCUGUGUCUUAGCAUCUGUAUUGAAGUUUCUGGGUGUGUUUUAACAUUUAUCUAUGGUCACCUGACAAGUAACAGAUUAAAAUGUAAGAACAUGUGAUUGCAAU